UGGUUCAUGUUCCUGCUCACGCUCGUUCGGGUCGAUUCUCGCUGUGGCGCCUUCGAGAGCCUGCAGCUCCUCCAUCUGUUUUGUAUAGGUUCUGGUGAACAUCCUGUUUUCUGCAUUGGACUGGAUUCCUGAUUCUGCCAUUUCUGUAUACAUCUGGAAGUACAUCUGGAUCCCUGGACCACACCUUAUAUACCUGGGAGGCAGGGCCAAGGUAAAAAGUAUUCACCCAGAAUGCAGAAUGCAACAGGAAAUCUAUGAAGAAGAAAAGAAGUGUAUGGAACGUUUAAAGAAUGCCAAUACAGUGAGUUUAACAGGAUGUGUUGGAGUCUGGGAUAACAUUACCUGCUGGCAUUCUGCAGAAAUUGGAGAAACUGUAACAGUCCCUUGUCCGAAAAUCUUCAGCAAUUUUUUCAGCAAACAAGGAAAUAUCAGCAAAAACUGUACAAGUAAAGGAUGGUCAGAGAUGUUUCCGGAUUUUUACAUUGCUUGUGGAUUGAAAGAUAUUGAAGACAACCCGGUUUUCUAUGUUUGGGUGAAAGCAAUUUAUACCCUCGGACACAGUGUUUCUCUCAUUGCUCUGGUCACAGGAAGCAUCAUUCUUUGCGUUUUCAGAAAACUUCACUGCACUCGGAACUACAUACAUUUGAAUCUGUUCCUGUCUUUCAUUUUAAAGGCAAUCUCUGUCUUAGUUAAAGAUGAAAUCCUCUAUUCCGACACUAGCACAGAUAAGUGUUCAGAUCAUGCUUCUUGGGUCGGCUGCAAGGCUAGUUUGGUAUUUUUCCAGUACUGUGUAAUGGCCAAUUUUUAUUGGCUCUUAGUUGAAGGACUUUAUCUCCACAUCCUCCUCAUGAUCAUGUUCUCUUCUAACAGACACUUCACCGCAUAUCUCCUUACUGGAUGGGGAAUCCCUACAAUUUUCAUCAUCAUAUGGAUGAUAACUAGAGUCUAUCUAGACAACAGUGGUUGCUGGGAUACAAAUGAGCAUAGUGCUCCUUGGUGGAUUAUACGAGUACCAAUCCUAAUUUCCAUUUUAGUAAAUUUUAUCAUUUUCAUUAGCAUAAUAAGAAUUCUGCUGCAGAAGUUAAGAUCGCCAGAUGUGGGAGGCAAUGAACAAUCACAAUACAAGAGACUUGCAAAAUCAACGUUGCUUCUGAUUCCGCUUUUUGGUGUUCACUAUGUAGUGUUUGCAGUCUUUGGCGUUUCAGACUACCAUCAGAUGGUUUUUGAAUUAUGCCUGGGUUCUUUUCAGGGACUAGUUGUUGCAAUCCUGUACUGCUUUAUGAACAGUGAAGUUCGAGGAGAGCUGAAAAGAAAAUGGAAGAGCUGGUGUCUGAAUGAAAGAAUGAGCCGCGAUUACAAAGUUCACAGAUCUUCUGUUUUUCCAAAUGACUCAGAAGGUGGACCCCAGUCUCAUAGCAAUUCGGCCACACAGUUUUCUUCUCAAACGGAAACCUCGGUGAUAUAAGUCAUCUAGGGGCCUACAGAAAAACUAUGGGGCGUGUCCCUGGGUACAUAGUUCAUUCAUUGUGCUAUUUUCUAAUGUGUAGAGUUUGUACUCCACUUUAUCUGUAUGUCGAGAUAGAGGGAUUUCCAGCCUAAUGACAGCUAUCUUUUGUACUUGCUUUUAGAACUUGGUUAUGAUGAAACCCUUUUUCCUCUAUUAAUUCCCCUACCCCGAAACUGUGUACGCUGCAAAUAGCUGUAGUAGUUUAAUAGUCACCAUUCACAUUUGGUUUAAACUUCUGGAAAGUCAUCAAAUCAUGCAGCAAUUAGUCUCAUCUGUUGAAGAAAUGUUUCUUUUUACAAAGUUUGUUCCAAAGACUAUAUAUAUAUAUAACGUUCUUGUCCUUUUGCAGAAUCUUGACUCUCAUUGGAGUAAAUUCUGUGCAGGUAGUCCUUUUUAGCAACCAUAAUUGGGACCAGCAACUUGAUCAUUAAGCAAAAUGAUCUCUUAAGUGAAACAUGAUUUUAUGAUCUUCAGCUUUCCUUUGCUUCACAGACCUAUGAAGCUCUUAAAUGGGAGAACUGGUCACAGAAUUACUUUUUCAUUACCAUUGUAAUUGUGAACAGUCACUAAGCAGGAUAGUCGCUAAAGGUGGACUACCUGUAGAGAAGCAUGCUGCUGAUAUUUGCAAUAUCGUUUGAUAGUAACCAUGAAUUUGCUUGGUCUUUAGAACCUAGAAGGAUCAUAUGUACAUAGCUCUGGCUUUCCAUCCCAAACAAGCUAUUUACAGAGGUGUGAUUAUGACCAUAGUAUUGGGGCUUGUGGUCACAGCUUGUUUGAGUUGUCAUGUAGGUGAACACUUGAAGGGAUUUGAAUGCAAAGUAAAAAUGGAAAACUAAAUGUUAAGUGUUUGUGGCUUAUCACAGCAGAUUGUACUUUCCUGGCACGAUGGAAUAGAUUGGAAAACAUUUGAAAAAGGAAAAAAAAUUCAGCAUCAAACUUUUUUUUUUUUUAUGUUUCUGUGAUCUUCCAGAUGCUGUCAUUUAUCAGUUUUCUCAUAUGUUGGUUUUAAUACUAUUUAUUGUGUGCCUUUUUUUAUAUUCCCUAUAAUUUAAAGUAUUUUGACUAUUCCCAAGGCUUUCCUUUUUGUUAGCUUCUGUGGAUUUCUGUAAAAUAAGACUAAAGCACUUAAAGCGAUGUCCCUGCCACCCUCCAUAAUGUUGUCCGGUUUUAUUAUAUUUCCAUUUGUUUUUAACACCUUGGCCAUGGGAUCCCAACAAAAAAAUUUCCAAUCUCUUUUUUAUGAAGAGAGGGGCCAUCAACACUAAAAGUGUAGUCAUAAAAAAAGUCUUCUAUUUUCAGAUGUGUUGGGUUUGCAACUUCCAACACAACUUGUUUCAUUAGGUUGCGCUUUUAUAAUGCUUGAAAAAAACAAUGACCAACUGAAAAAAACAAUGACCAACUUUUGUGCGUAGGGCCAGCAGCGGACCCCAAAACAAAUAAUUUCCCUGAGUAGUUUCAUUUCUAGAUUAAUAUUUAUUAUAGUAUUUCAGCCAGAAUAAUAGUAACUCAAUUAUUUUCAGUUUUAGGGUGCCUCGUCCAUUAUACUGUGUCUCUGAUCUGCGUUGCCUCUACAAGGAAUGAGUCUAAAAUACUUUGCUUUAGAAUAUUCAGCAUAUUUCAUCUAUUUGAUGUCAAUGACUUUUACAACACAGCCAUAUUAUAAUAUUCUGGUGGUCCUGAAUGGAAAUAAGGCAUAGUGAUGAGCUAAAGGAAUAUUUUUCAAGAUGCUGGGCUUUAAGUGCAUUUGACUAUUAUUCCCAGACUUCCUUGUCAGCCAGAAAGAAUACUGGGAGAUAUUAUUCACACACAGUGGUCCUUAUUUAUCUACUGCCUUUUUCACAGUUACAGCAUUGGUGAAAAAGUAACUUUGCAACCAAUUCUCACAUUUAAAACCUUUGCAAGGUUUUAAAACAAAAGAAAGCUGAAAUAAUAUAAGCACAGUCACCAGUUUUACUAAAAAAGUGUUUUACUUAAUUGCUAUUCCCUGUUGUGAUUGCUAAAUGAGAAUGAUCUGUGUUUGAAAUCUCCAGAUUCUAGAUCGGGGCUGUCAAACUCACAUUGUCAUGGAGUCAUCACGUGACGUAUCACAACUUUUUCCCCCUUUGCUAAACUGGGCGUGGCCAUGGCCAGCACAUGACACAUCCGGCCCACGGGCCACGAGUUUGAUACCUUGCUCUAGAUGGUUUGUCUAAAACCAGUUAAUAUGCUUGGAAUAGCAACUUGCUUUAAAAUCAGAAAGUCAGGCAUAUAUUCCUGGAAGCAGGUUCCAUAAAUUCUUCAGAGUGUUUCCUCUCUUUAGCUACCCUGUUUCCCCAAAAAUAAGACCCAACCAGAAAAUAAGUCCUAGCAUUAUUUUUCAGGAUGCUCGUAAUAUAAGCCCUACCCCCAAAAUAAACCCCAGUUAAGAUUGUCAGCCAGAUGGAUGCAUUUAGUACUGUAUAUCCCCCAAAAUAAGACCCAACCAGAAAACAAGCCCUAAUACGUCUUUUGGAGCAAAAAAAUAAUAUAAGACCCGGUCUUAUUUUCGGGAAAACACAGUAUUGUAUGAAAGCUGGUCUAUGUAUGCUGAACAUUUUUUUUUUAUUAAUUAGUCUUCCUUUUAUUGCCCCUAGAAUGAAAAAGCUAGUUUUCUUAAGGAAUGCACCCUCUUAUAAAAGGUGAAAUAAAAAAGCAUAAUUCUGCAUACUCAUAAUGCUUUUUUGGUUUGAUAUAACUGUCUUUCUAUGUUAUCUUUUCCAAUUUUCUUUUUUUUUUUCAGUGUUCUUUUCCAGUGUUUUUCAAAUUGAAAAUUGAUUAUUUUUCUUGAAUUGAGUUUUUCUUGUUGGAUCCAUUUCUAAAAAGUUGAAUAAGAUCCAAACUGUGGAAAGAAUUAACUGUAAUUAAAUUUUUAAGGUUUUUUUAAUAACAAGAUGAAAAAUAAAAAUUGCUUUUUUCUAGGAUUGUUUUAGUUUUCUAGUCUAGCCUUCAAAUUUAGUCUUUCCAAAUAUUAGCCUAAAUUUAAGUUUAAUUUAAUCAUCCUAUGUUGGCUAGGCAUAAUGACAAUCAAUUUUUUAAAAUAAAAGAUGCAUUGGAAACCAUUUUUAUAUAACAAAACAGAUUGAAAACCUAGCACCUCAUUAUAAUUUGUAACCUUAUUACAACAUAUAGGCUCAGGUUGUUUACAAGUAAGAUUAAAUGGAAAAAAUCCACAUUUUUCCAUUUAAAAAUUCUAGGGAUAUGGCUGUGCUUGGUGGCCAUUGGACAAACUUAAACAUCAAUAGAGUCUUAAAAUGGAUCAAUGGCUGUGUUUUUCCAUAAUACUCCUGCGACUUAAAGGAGCUGAAGUCAGUGCUCCAAUCAGGAACUGAGCCUUCUCCCCAGUUUUUCUGGCUGAUAAAGGAACCUUGGUGGCGCAGCAGACUAAAGUGCUGUUAAGUAGCACUUAGCUGCCAGCUGCCUGCAAUUACUGUAAGUUCGAAUCUCCCCAGGCUCAAGGUUGACUCAGCCUUCCAUCCUUCCGAGGUAGGUAAAAUGAGGAUCCGGAUUGUGGGGGCAAUAAACUGAUUUUGCAUAAAAAGAAUACCACUUGGGGGGGAGGGGGCGAAAGCCCUACUAAGCAGAUAUAUACAAAAGUAUGAAGGCUAUUGCUUAACGCAUUGUAAACCGCCCUGAGUCUCCAGAGAAGGGCAGCAUAUAAAUCGAACCAAUAAAUAAAUAAAUAAUAAAUAGCUGCAAAUUUAUUAGCCCCAGCCUGAUCUUGAGGCUCCAUGAUGGUCAACUGCCCUGCUGAUACAGAUGGUCCUUAACUUACAACUAUUUAUUUAAUAAGCAUUUAAACUUACAGUGGUACUGAAAAAAGUUCCUUAUAACCAGUCCUCACACUUAACAACUGUCGUGCCAGGCCUACAGUCACAUGAUCAAAAUUCAGGCACUUGGCAUUUGGCAUGUACUUAUGAUGGUUGCAACAUCCCAGGAUCAUGUGAUUGCCAUUUGAGACCUUCCCAAUCAGCUUUUGACAAGCAAACAGUGGGAGAACUGAGAACUGAGGCAACUGUAGUGAUUUGCUGUAGUGAUUUGCUUAACAACCAUGCCAAAAAAGGUAAAAUUGGGUGUGACUCAUUUAACAACUGCCUUGCUUAGCAACGAAAGUUCUAGUCCACAUUGUGGGCAUUAGUCAAGGGCUAUCUGUGUAAGGCAGGAAUGAAUCCCAGAUAGUGAGAUACUACAGCAGCACUAUAGCCAUUCCAGUAGUGUCUAUUCUCAAUUUUACCCCAGCCCAUCCCCAAAUACAGCUAAUAUUUUGUAACUAUCUGGCAAUUGCUGAAUAUAUCAAAUUAUAAAUAUUGUUGGAACUAAGGGCUAGGUAAGUCAUUUGUAAUAUGACUUUACAUCGCAGUGCUGCUGACUGCCUGUUCAAAAUUAACAAGAUUGAAAAAAAAGUUUUGACAUGAUCUCUUUUUUAAUAACCAUAAAAGGUAUAAACCAAAAGAGGGCUAUUUUGUUUUGUUUUAACCUCCUGUCUUUGUGCAGCCAUUGUAAAAGGACACAAAGCUGACAGGUUUUUAUAAAUAGAAGUGUGGAAUAUCUGCAGUCCUAAGAGGAAAGGGCAUAGCCACGUUUACUUCUGUUGUCGCCUAUGUCUGUGGCUUUCUUAAAUAAUAAACCACGUUUAUGCUGCUGUACUUUUCCACAAGAGCUGCUUGUCCCUCAGAAUCUGAAGAGGCAGGUUUCUAAGAAAUAAACACUCCCCUUGCAAUUAAAGUUGGAUAGAGCAAUCAGCAGCUUUUUCUAAUUCUUUUAUUUGGGCAUAUCAUCUUCACCCUAUUUACGCUUAAGCCCAGCCAUUUAUUCUCAGGUUUAGUUUCACAGCAGACCAGCACAUGAGCAAAACCGCAUUUCUAGACAUGGAGCAAAGGUGUUUAUGCAUCAUAAAUGCCACAGAUUCUGUUUUUCAUUUGCUUGGUUGCCAUCUUCCCAGCCUCUGAGAGAUAACUGCAAGAAGGAUCAGGACAGCUCAAGGCCCUUACUAAAUUUCUAUUGUCUGGUCCAGGAGCAUCCUCAGGGGUAUGGUAUUUUUUAAAAAAUGUCAUAAUGGCUGCCAGAAGCAUAAAAUUGAAGCUCUGCUCCUUUGUAUACAAGUCAAAAACACAAGGCAUAUUAAAAAGAGGCAGAGCUUCAAUCACACAACCAUCAACAGGAGUUUUGGGACUCCACUCCCCACUUCCUUCAAAUACUGAUGAGAUUAUCUAGUUAGGUAAUGAAAUGUCUGCAAGAAAACAACCAAGAUCAGAGACCAUCAAGAACUCAGUUUGCAGAUUCUUGUCCUGCUCUUAAGAGUUAGAACAUGUAUGUAUAUCUAGAAGAUGUAUAGCUUCUAGUCGAUGUAUCCUUCCCCUACCCUCAAAUCAAGCCUUAUAUUUAGUUAAAGUCUAGGGGAUCAAUUUCUCCCUACUUUCUAAUACUGUGUGAAAGAAUGCAGGAAAAGCAGAUACUGGACAUUGGGCCCUAAGCAAAGUAACACUUCCCCCAUGUUAUCUCAUGUUAUCUAUCUUGGAGACCUGAGUGAAAGGUGUUAAAUCUGUAAAGAUUGAGGUGGAAAGAUUCAUGCCUUCUAAUAAUGGCAUAGAAUUUUGUGAUUCAAACAUAACCCACUUAUUAUAAUUACAAAACAGUUGUAAUUUCAAAAAUUUUACAUUAGAUAAAGUUAAUGCCGUUUUAGCAUGUAAAUAGUUGGUCAGCUUUAUUUUCCAGUCGAGGGUUUCUCUUGAGCAGAACAAUAUGCUGGGAGAAAAGGAUCUGAAUCCAGAAUAUAAAAGUACUUAAUCUAUUUACUGUCUCCAUAUUUAAUCAUUUUUUCCUGUCAUAUUGAAAAUUGCAAAUUGAUAGAAAUCAAAGUUAUGCAUUUCUGAAACAAAAGAAUUUGGAAUUGAUAAAACUGAAAAUUAAAUACAUUCCAUUGCAUUAUUUAAAUUCGUAUAGAAUUUACUACUGUAAUAUUUCAGAUUCAAAAGAAGCCAUAGAUGAGAAAGUUCAUUUGCUAUAUAUUUGAUAUACGAUUCAUUUGCUAUAUAUUUGAUAUAUGGUUCAGAAUGCAAAGUUGUAAAUUCAAGGCUUACGUUAGCCUUCAUAACCUGGCGCCCUCAAGGUGAGUUGGAUUUCAGUUUCCUAGUUUCUUAGCCAAAACAUUUGGAAGGGAUCCCACAAUGAGGAAGCCUCAUUUAGGUGUAAGUUCAGGAUUUUAUUUUCCUUUCUGUCAUGGGCAUUGCUGACCAAUCAAAUAAUCAGCCUAUUUUGUUCGAAUAUUUCUAUCUAUAAAUUUUUCUAUCUAUGGAUAUUCUACCUCCCUACCACUCUGGCAUUUAGCACAGACAUGAUGACAAUAUAAAGAGUUUUAUUUCAAUUAUUAUAUAACUAUCUUUUUAAAACCAUGACUAUGUUAUCUUUAUGAAUGUGUACAUGGCAUUUUAUAUUAAUUUUAGUCAUGGUUUAUAUACAUGGCAUACAGAUUUAUCUUUAUGAAUGUAUAUACUACUUAUAGAUCCAGUUUGGUAUUAAACAUCAGGCUAGAAGCCAGAAAACCAUGAGUUGUCCUGCCAUCGGCACAAAUCCAGCUAGGUGAUCUUGGGCCAGUCAUUGUCUCAGCCCUAAGAAAGAAGCAAACCAGCUUUGAAAAAUCUUGCCAUGAAACUGCAAGGUCCAGGUAGUCUCUGAAAGUUAUACACAAUUGAAUGGAAGAAAAAAGGAUAUUUCCAAGAUUUUUAGCAAACUUAAUUUCACAUCAAAAUUUGAUGUAAAUGAAUAUUGCUUUCUUUUUUAUAAGAUGUACAGAUUUAUGAAAAUAUAGGUAAACAAAUAUACAUAGAGCGGCCUUUGUAUGUUCAUUUGAUUCUUAUUAUGCAAUUUAAGCUAUAAAGUAUUUGACAAAAUAUAUAGCAGCUGUGAUUGUGAAUUGUUAUCUGCAAUGUUUGAAAGUGCUUUAAAAUAUGCUGUAUUGAACAUAAAAUCCCAAACACAGGUUCUGGUUCACUUUUUGCAUGCAUUUCCUGAAUGCCUUUUUAAAAAAUGCAUUCAGGUAAUUCAGCAAGGGCCAAUGAAGACGGCAUGGUAGUGGAGCUUCCAGAGGUAUGGCAAAUACAAAAGCACAUCCCACCACAGGAACUGUUCAGUAGACUGAUUCUUUGAAAUCUCUCCAGAUAGGGAGAGAGUAGAAGAUCACCCACAUGUGCUCCAGAGAGCUACAUCUCACAAGCAGACAGCAAGAUUGCAGUUUUCUAUGGGUUUGAAGUCUUGAGAGUUGAUGAAAUCAAACUAAAUCGAAUCAUAGCAAACUCACUUUCUAAUCACUUUUGGAAAUCACUCAUUAACUACUUCUAAGCUAUUGAAAAUCUUUAGUUAGACAAGCCUGAAAAUGCUGGUUGAGUCUGCCUUAAUUCUGAAUGAAAUAAAAAUUUAACCAUAAACUUAAGAAAUUAAAGAAUCUGAAAUGGGCAAAAUGCUUACAUUGAUUCUGUAUUAUCACAAUGAUUAUGAUUGUUUCAGACAUGUUUUUCCUCCAAUGUUAGGCAGUGUUAUUCUAUUUGUAGCUUGCUUUGAUUGUACUGUAAUGGGUUGAGUGGAUAGGCACUUUUUGAUAAAAUUGUGUAGUAUCCAUUUUAUUAAAGGAUGUUGUAUAGGCAAUCUGCUUCUUUUUUCUGGUGUUCUAGGUUGCUGCAGUGCAUUUGUAGUGAUCUGAAUAAUGUUCUUACACAGUUCUUGCAGGAAGUUGGAUUGUUACCAAAAGCUAGUGUGGUAAAUUGCUAACAUUUCCUCUGAUGAUGAGAAUAUUCAGAGAGGUUCGGUGUUCUUGUGAAUUGUAUUCCUUUGAAGAGGUGGAUUUUUUUCACAUUUCUUUUCUAGUUGUUCCUUUUUUAUUAAAAUAAAGACGUCAUCACAUAUUGGAUCCAUAUUUUCAAGUGCUAUUGUUUCUAGAUGCUGCAUUAUGGUGCACUAUGAGUUUUGAGAGUGGUGAUCUCAUGGAUAAUUUAUUGCUAUAUUUGUCUAUCAAAUAGAAAAUAGGUAGUGAGGCAGAGGUUGAUGAGAUCUACAAUUCUGGGUGUUUCAAUCCUCAUGUAUUUGACUAAUUGAGUGUCUUGUUAGUUACUUCUGUUAUGUUUGUUUUUUACUAGUUCCAGAUCUAUAGAAGAGUACAUUCCAGUCAUCUUCAUUUCUUUGCACUUUGAUUUUCUUCAAGCACUGUAGUUCAUAAAAUAUUAAUUCUCCUUUGUGAGUUGUCCAAGUUUUUUUGUAAGUUCUUUCACUCUGUUGUGUUUUGGGUAACAAUACAACUGGAUAAAUAAUAUAUUGGACUUGUGAAUUUUGGGGUAUCUGUAGAAGCGUGAGAGGAUGGUCUUUUCAUUCGCCUCUGUUUUUUAGUGAUUUGAUCUUUCUUAGUUAGGUUGUUGAGCAGAUUGUCUAGUUUUUAUAUUUGGUUAGUGGGAUGUAUGUCUUCUAAUAAUUCUUUGGGGUUUUGUUUGUAUGUAUUAUAUUCUGGUUAUGUUGACCUUUGUUGAAAGGAUGGUGAUGGUUUGGUCCUUCUUUAGGUUUUUGAAGGCUACUGUCUUCUAUUUGAAUAUGUUCUGAUUCUGUGUUCAUCUGAUCUCUGGUAUGAUUGUUUGCGUUCUUGGGUCUCUAAGGCAAGAAGUUCUGUGAUUUUAAAUGCUGCUUCUAAUGCUGAAAAAAUUGUGAUUGAUUAGUGUCAUUUGUAUUGAGGCCUUUUGGGAGCAUAUUGUAUGAUUUAUAGUGGAUAGUAAGCUGCUGGAUGUAUUGACUUAUCUAUUUGGGUUCAUGUUAUCGCUUUGCUUCUGGAAUUUAGCUUGAGUAGUUUGGUUUGGAAUUUUGUUUUCUUUUUUCAGCUUGUCUUAGAAAUGUAAUCUUGAUUAUGAUUGUCAGCAUUUUUGUACUUACUGGAGUUAUGGUUUGUUCCAGUUGCUCCUUGAGGUUGUUUAUGGUGUACCAGAUGGCAUCAUCAUGAAACACAAACCAAACAACUACUGUAAUUUAAGAACUAAAAACAGGAGUCAUCUACAAUAUAGAACAGACAUGCAGAAAACUACAGAGUGCAUCCAUGGACACCCAACAGCAGUCAAAAGGCACAAUGAAAACUCCUUAAUUUCACAACACUUAGACAGACUCAAGCAUAAAACUGGGAAACUCAGACCAUCCUAGUCCAAGCCUGAUCCAAAAAUGCUAGGGAAUUUCUGGAAGCAUUCAGGCAAGUCAGCCAUCAAUGGACACAUAGAGAUAAACCAAAUUUAAAAGAGCGUAUAAAAAAAUUAAGGAAACAAAAAGACCAGAAUGCACUCUCUCCAAUAGCCUGCACCCAGAUAGGCAAGAAUUAGCACCAAACAAUCAAGCAGAAAAUAAUACCCUCCCUAAUCAAGGUACUACCAAGGAGAAAACCAUACCUCCAAUACAAGCAGGGCAAAUUACUAUAUAUAAAUAGGGAGCAAACUCCUCACAUACUGGUACUGGGUAGUGAAAGGCAUUCAAGCAAAAAACCAAGCUCAGAGAGCACUAAAGACUCCACUGUGAAUCCUGACCUACAGAGAUUGUCUUUUAUUGUCUUUAAUCUUGAAAAUACAGAAAUGAAGAAAUUGUAUUUUCUAGUGUUUCCUGUAUGGCAAGUUUAUUGUGUUCUUUCAGCUUUUUCAACAACUGUAAUAAUUAAAUAUUGAUUUAAUCUGAAUACUUGGUCUAAAACCAGAGGUGGAUACAAUUUUCCCAGCAUUGCCUUGGUGUAGAGGUGUCUCUUGCUUCUGCUGCUUCUAGCUCACCAAAUAAACUGGAAAGAUACCA